AACAAAAUGAAGACAGAACUAUUUGUUCACGAAGAGUGACUCAGCAAAACCCUAGUUGUUUUCAUUUUCACAUCCAAACUCUUUCAACCUUUCUCCAACUAUGGAAGUUCCAUCGGAGGCGCCGUCUACCGGCACCGGCGAAACCAUAAGCAAGAAUGCCCUGAAGCGGGAACUGAAGAACAAACAGAGAGAAGAAGAAAGGAAGCGGAAGGAGGAGGAGAAAGCCAAAAAGGCAGCUGAAAUGCAGAAGGCUAAGGACAGCAAAUCUGCACCUGCUGAUGACGAUGAUAUGGACCCAACUCAAUACCUUGAGAAUAGACUGAAGCAUCUUUCAGUUCAAAAGGCAGAGGGGAAGAACCCGUAUCCUCACAAAUUCUUUGUCACUAUGUCUGUUGAUCAAUACAUUAAGGAAUAUGGAAGUUUAAGCGACGGGCAGCACCUCGAGGAUGUCUCUGUGUCUUUGGCUGGCCGAAUCAUGCACAAGCGUGCCUCUGGUUCAAAGCUUGUCUUUUAUGACCUGCAUGGUGGCGGUUUCAAGGUUCAGGUUAUGGCCGAUGCAAGUAAAUCGGACUUGGAUGAGCCUGAAUUUUCCAAGUUCCAUUCUAAUGUGAAGCGUGGUGACAUAGUUGGUAUCACUGGGUUUCCAGGUAAAAGCAAGAAGGGUGAACUCAGUAUUUUCCCUAAGACCUUUGUGGUGUUGUCUCAUUGUUUGCAUAUGAUGCCGAGGCAAAAGUCUGCUGCUGCUGCUGAUAAUGCAAAUAUGAAGAGAAAUCCAUGGGUACCGGGAAGUACCAGGAAUCCUGAAACAUAUAUUUUGAAGGAUCAGGAAACUAGGUAUCGGUUACGCCAUUUGGAUUUGAUGCUUAAUACAGAGGUUCGAGAAAUAUUCAAGACCAGGUCUAAGAUCAUUUCUUACAUUAGGAGGUUUCUUGAUGACCUUGAUUUCUUGGAGGUUGAAACACCAAUGAUGAACAUGAUUGCUGGUGGAGCUGCAGCCCGUCCAUUUGUAACACACCACAAUGAUCUUAACAUGAGGUUAUUCAUGCGAAUUGCUCCAGAACUGUAUCUUAAGGAGUUAGUUGUUGGUGGACUGGAUCGUGUUUAUGAAAUUGGCAAACAAUUUAGGAAUGAGAGCAUAGAUUUGACCCAUAAUCCUGAGUUUACUACCUGUGAGUUCUAUAUGGCUUAUAAGGACUAUAACGACUUAAUGGAUAUAACAGAGCAAAUGUUGAGUGGUAUGGUUAAGGAACUUACCAAAGGCAGCUAUAAGAUUAAGUAUCAUGCAGAUGGGGUUGAUAAGGAACCUAUUGAAAUUGACUUUACGCCACCUUUUAGAAGGAUUGACAUGAUUGACGAAUUAGAGAAGAUGGCAGGCCUAAAUAUUCCCAAAGACUUGUUGAGUGAGGAAGCUAAUCAAUAUUUGAAGGAUGCGUGCUUGAAGUAUGAGAUCAAAUGUCCCCCACCUGAGACAACUGCUCGUUUGUUGGAUAAACUUGUGGGUCAAUUUCUGGAAGAAACGUGUGUAAAUCCUACAUUCAUCAUAAACCAUCCUGAGAUAAUGAGUCCUUUAGCAAAGUGGCACAGAUCAAAACCAGGCCUGACUGAACGUUUUGAAUUGUUUGUCAGUAAACGUGAAGUUUGCAAUGCAUAUACUGAAUUGAACGACCCUGUAGUACAACGACAGAGAUUUGCUGAACAAUUAAAGGAUCGGCAGUCAGGCGAUGAUGAAGCCAUGGCCCUGGAUGAAACAUUUUGUACAGCUCUGGAGUAUGGUUUGCCACCUACUGGUGGUUGGGGUUUGGGUAUUGAUCGGUUGACAAUGUUACUGACAGAUUCACAGAAUAUCAAGGAGGUUCUUCUCUUUCCUGCCAUGAAACCUCAAGACUGAGCCUUCAACCAAUCUUUUUAAAUCUCAGCGAUAAAAUGAUUAUACACACUUAGGAAUAUGAGAACUGCAAGAUGGUUAUUAAGGGACCUCAUUUUUGAUUUAUGUCUUUGAUUACUUUAUCUUUCAUUGAUUGGAUUGAAUAUGAUGUCAUAUACCAGCUUACUUAUUACUUAUUCGAGAUUUGAGACAUAGUUUGAGUAGAUUGCUUAUCAACUUGA